CUGUGUCCCUUCCCUGGCGACCUGACCUGCUAGUCUCUGCCAAGUUUGCCUUCGGUACCGUACAGGUACUCCGGGGUCGAGCCGGGCUGUGGCAGGCUUAUGCGGGGCGGGUGUCCAAAGAAUAAGAUAACAUUGCAGCUAUACUUACCAUCUCUCGAUUUGACAACGACCCAUGCACUUUAUCUCGUUUACGAAUGUUAUCAAAGCUUCUCUCUCCUAUCACUCGCCCUCACGAGGGUGGGCGGAGCCUGCAGGCAAACCCGAUAUAUAUAUAUAUAUAUAUAUCUGUGAGAGCCACUCGUCCCCCUGUGUGUUCCCUCAUUCCUCCAGCCCUCUGUCACCAUACCAUGUCACCAUCUGGACGUGGCGCAGGCAUGAAGAUGGUCGCAUACGCGCCGUGCGUGGGAUUCCUACUGGUCGCAUUGCUGCUGGCGGUGCUGCAGUCGCCGGUCUUCACUGUAGUAGCGGCGUCAGAUCAGAAGGAUUGUACUACCACCACCAGCUCCUCCAUCACCAUUGAGUCGCAGCCGGGGUUGAGUUGCAACCUCGAUCAAGUCAAGCCUGGCGGUUCGGGACAGGAGACUUGGACGCGGCCGAGCGGGAGUGACUACUUUGGACCAGCCGGCGAAGCGAUGGUACAGGAAAUGAAGGCAGAGAAUAUUGAAACGUAUCUCAGAUACUUGACGAGCCAGGGCCACAUGGCAGGCACCAAGCAGGACCUGGAACAAGCUGAAUACCUAAAAAAGAUGUGGGAGGAGCAGGGACUGGACCAGGCGUUCCUUCAGCCUUACAACGUGGAGCUAUCCCACCCUGACCUGGCUCGUCCAAACAAGGUGUUCUUGAUGGACGAGGCUGGCCAGGUGAAGUUCACGUCGAGCGUCAUGGAGGAGCCUUUGGACGGGGUGCCCUACGAUGACUCCAUCCCCCCUGCCUUCCUUGCCUACUCUCCAGCAGGCACCAUCGUCACAGAUAAGCUGGUGUAUGUGAACUACGGACUUUACGAGGACUUCCUAACAGUCGCCCAGGCUGGAGUGUCAGUGGAGGGACGUCUGGUCAUUGCUAAGUUCGGGCGUGGCUUCAGGGGCGACAAAGUUCUCAAUGCUCAGAGAUUCAAAGCAGCGGGAAUCAUCCUUUACACGGACCCGCGUGACUAUCACCCAGAAUGGCAGAGCGGGGGCGCAGCGUACCCCAACUCCUUCUGGCUUCCUGGGUCCGGAAUACAGCGAGGCUCAAUCGUGUGGCAUGACGGCGACCCGACCACCCCAGGCUACCCUUCACUAGAUGGAGUUUAUCGCCUGCCGGAGGAACAGACGGACACCCCGAAGAUUCCUGCCCAUACAGUGAGCUACAACGACGCCCUCAAAUUGCUGGUCAAUAUGGGCGGCCAGGAGGUGCCGGAGGCCUGGCGGGGAGGCCUGAACGUCACCUAUAGGAUGGGACCUUCCCUGGCGAGGCGCGGCUGGCAGGUGAAGCUGGAAGUGAACAACGUGAAGCGAAUCGUACCCACCUACAACGUGAUCGGCGUGUUGCGUGGCAGCGAGGAGCCAGACCGCUACGUCAUCUACGGCAACCACAGAGACUCCUGGACCUUCGGCUCUUGCGAUCCCUCCUCUGCCACGGCCACCAUGAUGGAGAUGGUGCGCUCCUAUGGGACGCUGCUGGCCCGAGGAUGGCGCCCCCGUCGAUCCAUCCUAUUUUGUUCGUGGGGCGCGGGUGAGUACGGCUUCUUCGGCACCACAGAGUUUGUGGAGGAGUACCUGAAGGUGUUUGAGGCUCGGGCCGUGGCACAUCUCAACGUAGACCUGGCCAUCAUCCACACCUACAACCUGCUGGUGUCUGCCACGCCGCUCCUGCACAAAGUGAUCGAGGAGGCCACUAAGAAGACUCCGGCGCCUGAGCCUGGCCUGGGCUACGAGACACUGUGGGAGCACUGGACGCAGAGGCUACGGGCGGCGUCUCCUGAACUCAUGGACUACUCCCUCGCCUCCCUCAGUGAACACUCUCCAUUCUACCAGAUGGUCGGCGUCCCAACCUCCUAUAUGCUGUGGGAGAUCAAUUUUGAGGAAUACGACUGGUCAGACUACCCGCUCUACCACACUACCUUCGAGGAUUUCGACGCCAUGAAGAAUCUGCUGGAUCCAGAAUUCCUCUACCACCUCGCGCUUGGCCGUCUGUGGGCACUCAUGGGCCUUGGUCUCGCCGACUCCCAGAUCCUCCCAAUGGAUCCCGAGGACGAGACAGUGAUGCUGCGGAAACUAGUGUCAGAGCUGCGAGAAGACUACGGUGACGUGAUGCAGGCGGAGGGCGUCAAUCUAGAUCCUCUUGAGGCGGUAGUGGGCCGCUUCGAGGAGGCUGCCCGCGCCUUCAACGCCAAGCUGCACAACCUCACCGCUGUGCCGCCACUUCUCGCCCGACAACUGAACGACCAGCUCAUGCUCCUGGAGAAAUGUUACACGCACGGCGAGGGCAGCCACCACCGUCCGUACAUGAAAAACAUGGUAUUCGGGACGGACAACUUGAACCAAUACGGCGGGUGGCUGGCACCGGGUGUUCGGGAUGCCCUGUGGGAGGCCAAGAGGUGCAGCGCGCCUUGCCCUCAGGAGUGGCAGGUAGUGCAACAGCAGCUCUCCGUCCUACAGGCAGCCAUCAACGCUGCGGCACUCACCCUCAAGGAUAUACAGCUUAUGUAGAGGGACGGAGGCUCUGGUGUCGCUUCCACCGCGGACACUGCAUUUUACAUCGUCUUCAUACGCUGGUGACGUUAAUUAUGUAUACUGAGUGGUUAGUUUAUGUGAUGUAUUAUGGAUUAUUUAUAUAUCUAAUGGUAUAAGUGCAAUUUGAUCUGCUAUU